AUGUUACGAAUCGCACAACUCUUCUCCGCAGCCCUUGCGGUCGCAGGCGUUUCCGCCUCGGCCGUCAUUGACCUCAAGCCAUCCAACUUUGACUCGAUUGUUCUCAAGUCCGGCAAGCCCGCGCUGGUCGAGUUCUUUGCUCCUUGGUGCGGACACUGCAAAACCCUCGCACCCAUCUACGAAGACCUCGCCAGCUCCUUCGAAUUCGCAAAGGACAAGGUCACCAUUGCCAAAGUCGACGCCGAUGCCGAGAAGGAAUUGGGCAAGAAGUAUGGAAUUCAGGGUUUCCCAACAUUGAAAUGGUUUGAUGGAAAGGGUCUUUCCGAACCCGAGGACUACAAGAAAGGUCGGGAUAUCGAGAGCUUGACGGCUUUCAUUGAGGAGAAGACGGGAUUGAAGCCAAAGGGCGCCAAGAAGGCCGCCAGCGCUGUUGAGAUGUUGAACGAUGCCACAUUCGACAAGCAGAUUGGUGGGGAUAUGCAUGCCAUUGUUGCUUUUACUGCUCCGUGGUGUGGACACUGCAAGACUCUCGCUCCUGUCUGGGAAAAGGUCGCUGCCGACUUUGCAUCCGAGCCAUCCGUUCUCAUCGCCAAGGUCGACGCCGAGGCACCCAACGCAAAGGCCACCGCGGAGAGGUUUGGAGUCAAGUCUUAUCCGACCAUCUUCUACUUCCCCAAGGGAUCUUCGGAGAAGGUUGCCUACAGUGGUGGUCGCUCUGAAGAGGACAUUGUUUCGUUCAUGAACGAAAAGGCCGGCACUUUCCGCGCUCCAGGUGGUUCCCUCAACGCCCUCGCCGGAAUCAUCCCAUCCCUUGACACUGCCGUCUCGAGCCUCAAGUCUGGGGGAGAGGCAGCAUACGCAGAGCUUGCCAAGCAGGCCGGUGCGCUGCAGGGCACUUAUGCCGAAUACUACGCCAAAGUCGCCAAGAAGGUUGAGGCCAACGCCGAUUACGUCGAGAAGGAGUCCAAGAGAUUGGCAAAGAUGAUUGAGAAGGGUGGUCUUGCGCCAGAGAAGCUGGACGAUCUCAUCAGCCGGAAGAACAUUCUCAGCAAGUUCAUGGGUGGCGAGGAGGAUGGUGUGAAGAGCGAGCUUUAG